AUGCAAAUACCAAGAUCAAAUCGUGAGGUCCAAAAAGAAUUAUGUCGCAGCAUUCCGAUCGAAUCUCGUAGUUCGGAGAUAAUACUUCUUGUAGCAAUCUUUUCCGGCGUCACAUUCCCAACCGCUGGGCUCAAAUUCUACACGCGGUGGUCCACAAGCCAGAGGCUUGACUGGGAUGAUUACGCUGCACUGAUAGCUACGGUCUUUAUGGCAGCCCUUGCAGCUCUUGAAAUAGCAAGUGCCAAACUUGGACUUGGGCAGCACUAUUGGACCGUCUCUGUUCUCAAGGGAGUCUUGAUCCUCAAGUUCUAUUAUGCUGUUCAGAUGUUUUACAUCAUUGUCCAAGUAACUGCUAAGAUGUCUCUCUUGCUCCUCUACGUCCGCGUAUUUCCACGAACACGUACAGCUUUGUGGAGCAAGCUUGGAAUAGUCUUCCUGAUAUUUCACGGAACGGUUUAUCUCUUUCUCGUCAUUUUCCAGUGCACGCCAAUUGCUUUUAUCUGGGAUCGGUCUCUCACCGGCAAAUGUCUCAACCUGAAUGUCAUUGGAUAUAGCGGUGCUGUCGCAAGCAUUCUGGAAGACUUCUUCAUCUUGGUACUACCAGUUGCCGAGAUUAGAAGCCUUCAACUGGGGAAGGGCAAGAAGUGGAACCUCUUUCUCAUGUUUUCUAUAGGCUCUUUCGCUUGCGUUACUAGUAUCGUCCGCCUCAAGUUUUUAUCGGACUUCGCCAACUCUUUCGACGCAACCUGGGACCAAACAGAUGUUGUCAAAUGGUCUUUAAUCGAGGAAUUCGUUGCAGUGCUUUGCGCCUGCAUCCCUUCCCUUCGAGCGUUCAUCGUCCAGACAUUCCGAACGAUCAACUCUUCCGUCCGUACGAUGACCAAGAGUAAGAAUGCAAGUCAGCUGCGAAGUGGGGCACAGAGGCUGGAUGACCACGAUGAAACCAAUUCAUACCCUUUGUACAAUGUCACCAAAACCGUCGGUGUCAAUGUUGAAGAGAAGGGCGAUGGUUUGCGGCGGCAAGGCAGCACAACCGCAAUAUAUGCAUUGACUGAGGACAGAAAAUGA